UAGUGAUAGCCAUAGUUUCGUUUCUGUUCUUUUACCCGGAAUCACAUAUUGCUGACCCCAAAAUCAAUGACUCAAAAUUUCAGGUGCCAUUAUCGAGUAUGCCAAUGGGCUUUUACAAUGAAGUUGGAAUCGUUUCUAAUGGUGGGCUAUCCUCACAAAUCGGAGUGGAUAUUAUGUCAAAGGGUGGAAAUGCUGUAGAUGCUGCUAUAGCUACAAUGAUAUGUGACAGUCUUAUAUGUCCAGAAUAUUUGGGAAUCGGUGGAGGUUUUUUAAUGAGCAUCUACAAUGCAAAAACCAAAAAAGUAAUCACUAUCAACGCACGUGAAACAGCACCAGCCGCAGCAAGUUCUUCGAUGUUUGUUAAAAACCCCAAAAACUCUAUGUACGGAGGAUUGGCAAUUGCGGUUCCAGGUGCGCUUAAAGGCUACUCGGUUAUAUAUAACUUAUAUGGUGGUGGUGUCCCGUGGAAAUCGUUAUUCGAACCAGCUAUACAAUUAUGUGAAAACGGAAUAGAUAUAAGUGAACGUCUAGAGACAAACCUGAAGAAUAACAGCGACAUGAUAAAAAAUGACCCAAUGCUAAGAAAAUGUUUUUACGACGAAGAAUAUAGUCGAUUAAAGAAAGCCGGCCAAAUUUACAAGUUACCUAAAUUAACAGAAACACUGAAAAUCAUAGCGGAAGAAGGUGCAGAUGCCAUUUAUAAUGGCUCAUUAACGCUUAAAAUAUUAGAAGAUUUAAAAAAAGUAAAAAGUGUAAUUACCAAAGAAGAUUUAGCCAAUUAUGAUGUUGAAAUCGAAAAAUCUUUUCCUGUGAACUUGAAAAAUGGACAUACAAUACAUACGGGACCACCGCCUAGUUCUGGUAUAAUAUUAGCCUACAUACUUCGUGUGUUGGAUGGAUUAUUACCAGCACCCAACGCAGGUUUGGACGCUCAUCGAUUGGUGGAGGCUUUCAAAUUUGGUUACGCCGAAAGAACCCAUUUAGGAGAUCAUAAAUUUGUUGACGUGUCUCAGAUUUACGAUAAAGUAAAAUCAGAUUGUUACAUAAAUAACAUACGAGAUAAAAUAUCCGAUACUUUUACUUCGUCAAAUCCAAAAUACUACGGAGCCGACUAUCAUAUGCCAGAGAAUCAUGGGACUGCAAACAUGGUCGCAACAGAUUCAAUUGGAAAUACUGUCGUGUGCACUAGCACAUUAAAUACUUUUUUUGGAUGCGGAUUCAUGUCUCCUAGCACUGGUAUAAUUUUUAAUAAUCAAAUGGAUGAUUUUUCUUCUCCAGAAGUUGUGAACAAUUACGGAAUUCCAUCUUCACCUUCCAAUUUUAUAGAACCAGGCAAACGACCAAUGUCUUCAAUGUGUCCAACUAUAAUUACCGACAAAAAUGAUGAUUUUGUUCUUGCAAUAGGAGGAGCAGGUGGAUCAAAAAUCACUAUUACUAUUGCCUAUAUUUUAGCCCUUAUACUAUGGUACAAUAUGACAUUGAAAGAAGCAAUAGAUAAACCUAGAAUUUAUCACCAACUUAUUCCCAUGAAAGUUCAAUAUGAAUACGGAACGACAAAGGACGUCGUUCAAAAACUAAAAGAUAUUGGUCAUCAAGUGGUGAUGUUAAAUAAUGUGGUUUCGGCGGCAACAGCUAUUGGAAAAUCUGCUUCGGGAACGAUCGUAGCUAUGCCAGAUUUUCGACGACCAGGAAAUUCAUGCGGAUAUAAUAUAUUAGAAAGAAUGAAUUUUAGGGAUCCAUCAAUCAGAAUAUUUCUUAUAGAAAGUUUAGUAUUAUUUUGUACUAUAGUGAUACUUUCAUUUCGUUUCUUUGCUUCGAUAGAUGUCUUCAAUGAUCCAAUGUCUUCGUUGCCACUAUCUUCCAUACCAAUGGGUCAGUAUAAUGAUGCGGCAGUCGUUUCUAACGGUGAACCAUGUGCAAAAAUUGGAACAGACAUUCUGAAAAACGGUGGAAAUUCAGUAGACGCAGCAAUAGGUACAUUGUUGUGUGAUAGUGUUGUAUGUCCGGAUUUAACGGGUAUUGGUGGAGGUUUCCUAAUGACCAUAUACAACAGAACUACAAAUACAUCUUUAUUUAUAAAUGCUCGAGAAACGGCUCCAGGCGCUGCCAACUACACUAUGUAUGACAGCGAUCCAACGAAAUCAUUAACCGGAGCUUUAGGAAUCGCUGUCCCUGGUAUGAUCCGAGGCAUUUGGGUUACAUACAAUUUAUAUGGAGGAGGAGUUUCUUGGGCUUCUCUGAUCAAACCAACAAUACAACUAUGUGAAGAAGGAAUCGUUGUGAGUGAACGUUUAGGAGCCAAUAUUAACGCAGCGAGAAAUCUUAUUUUAAAGACAAAUUUGAAGGAAUAUUUUGUCAACAACCGCACGGGAGAUUUAAUGAAGCCAGGUGAUAUUUACACAAUGACAAAACUGGGUCAAACUCUACGAGUUAUAGCAAACGAAGGUGCAAAUGCUAUAUAUUCUGGAUCACUAACGUCAAAAUUGGUCCAUGAUAUUCAGAGUGCAGGGGGAAUUAUAACGAAAAAAGACUUCAAUGAUUACUCUGCUCUUGUAGAAGAAAGUUUUCAAAUAAAUCUCAAAAAUGAUUACAAAGUCUAUUCAGGCUUACCGGUUGGUUCUGGUAUCAUAUUAGCUUAUAUUCUUCGAACAUUAGACGGAAAAUUACCUUCACCUAAUGCCAAUUUGGAUGCAGUGCGAUUAGUAGAAGCUUUUAAAUUCGCAUAUGGUGAAAGAUCUCACUUGGGUGACCAUAUGUUUGUAGACACAUCUGAAAUUUUGGAAAAAGUCACGUCAGAUACGUAUAUAAAUAGCAUACAAAAAAACAUGUCCGAUCAAUGCACAUCGACAGAUCCUAAAUUCUACGGAGCCCAUUUCAGUUGGCUUGAAGAUCACGGAACAGAAAACAUAGCUGUUUUGGAUUCAUCUGGAAACGCAGUUGCGAUUACGAGUACUAUAAACACGGCAUUUGGUAGCGGUUUCGUAUCAGAAAGUACAGGAAUUAUUUUCAAUAAUGAAAUGAACGAUUUUUCAACUCCAGAUCUUUCCAAUGAUUAUGGGUUUCCAGUGUCUCUGUCCAACCUCGUACAACCUUAUAAACGACCGAUGUCCUCCAUGUGUCCUACAAUAAUAACCGAUUCCAAAGGGGAUGUAAUUUUGGUUAUAGGUGGUACUGGAGGCUUAAAAAUCCCACUUGCUACCGCAUACGUAUCUGCACUACUUUUAUGGUACAACAAAACACUGAAAGAAGCAAUUGAAGAACCAAGAUUAUAUCAUCAGUUGAUCCCUAUGCAGGUCGAUUACGAAUACGGAGUGCUUAAGCCUGUAGUUGAAAAACUUAAACAUGUUGGCCACAAAAUGAGAAGAAUGAUGAAUAAAGAUAAAUCGUCUGUAUCUGGAAUUUUCAAAACGCCCGAAGGAAUAAUAACGGCGAUGUCUGAUUUUAGACAACAAGGGAACACAUCUGGAUAUUGA